AUGUUAAGGAUUCUAGAAAGGGUCGCUGGGCCCAACACUGGUAAUGGGAGCCGAGGGUCGAUUUCUGAGAGACUCCGAUCGAAUGGAGCUGAGAUCUUCAAGGAUAUCGCAGAAGUAGCACCGAAUGUGGCCGAAUAUUGGUUGGAGGCCACCAAAAGGAUAAUGGACGACCUGGAUUGCACUUUCGAGCAAAAACUGAAAGGAGCAAUGUCGCUGCUGCAAGAGGAAGCCUACAAGUGGUGGCUUACCGUGAAAGAGGGCACUCAGCCUGACCGGAUAACCUGGGAGUUCUUCAAAUCGACAUUUCAAGGGACAUAUGUGGGUGAAAGCUAUGUGGAUGCCCGGAGGAAGGAAUUCUUGAACUUGACUCAAGGAGACCGAUCUGUGGUGGAGUGCGAGGCAGAAUUCUUACGACUCAAUCAGUAUUCUAAGGGAAUAGUGGCAAUAGAUUAUGAACGUUAUGUUCGAUUCAAAGACGACCUCAAAGACAGUCUUCGGGUACUGAUUGCUUCUCAAAGGGAGUGGGAUUUCGCAGCAUUAGUAGAGAAAGAAAAAAUUGCUGAAUAUGUAAAGCGCAUUGAGCACCUAAAUCGGGAAAGAGAGAGGGGCAAAAAUAAAAGGGAUUUUGAGCCCUCCAAUAGCGAUCAGAGGCCUAAGAGAAGGGCCAAAGUGGAUGGGCCGGUCAGAGCGGGACCCAUUGUUGCUACUACUGGGUUACCACCAUGUGUUAUUUGUGGAAAAGGUCAUGCCAGAGAGUGCUGUAGGAGAACAGGAGCCUGUUUGAGUUGUAGUUCCAUAGAGCAUCAUCUUGGAGAGUGUCCCGGAAGACUGGACCAGAGGCAAGUCUUUGGUAGAGGUAAUGUACAGCCAUCGAGGGGUAGGCAGCAGCCGCCUAGAGGCUGUGGUCAGGCCAGUGGUGGAAACAGUUUGCGUCAUGGAGUGCUGGAAAGAGGUGCUAAUCAUACUGAGGUGAGGCAGCCAGCUUUGGUAGGCAAAUACUGGUAUGUACUUUACCCACAGUAUGUUAUUUACCUAGUUUAG